AUGGGCACGGGCGCUUCUAGCGUUGAAAGGCAUCAAAGUUCAACAUCUAUUGUCAGCGAUGAACUCAGGAACCCAAAAUGCGUUAUGUUCAAAAGCGCUCGCGCAGGAAAUGAAAGAGACUUAACUUUGGUUUUGCAACAAGGAAUGGAUCCAAACGAAAGAGAAUCACAAUUUUCAGGGUGAGUAUACAUUGUCGCCUUGUUCAUAAGGGAGAAGGAGAGCUCCAUCAAAUGGGCGCUGGGGGUUUUUGCGGCACCAUGGUGUGUGUUUUUAAUUUUCUUUCCUAAAAUUUUGGAAUAGAUUUUGGGUCUGAAAUCGGUUAAGUGUUGUAAACCACAAGCAUCCCAAACAGCUGAACUGCCCGUUGCUGCUAUUCAAGACAGUGAUAUUGUUAAAAAUUACUUGUCUAAGGCUAGGGUUAUAGUAAAGUAUGCUGCACAUUAUAUCUGAAUUUUCCAUUUUCCACAAAUUGCUCUGACGAGGGGCUCACGCCUUUAAAUUCUUUACGGUGGCUGAUUUACGUUGUUGAUUUUUCAACUUAGUUGACUAACACUGAAUUACCUAAAUUUUCCAUGAGUGAGCUCUGUGCUACACAUACAUGUAUAAGCAGAGUAUAGAAAUAGGGCUUUUCAUUGUUAGAAACAUUCCUCGUGGUGAUUUUUGGUUUUUGCGCCCAGUAGUUGAUUUGUAUAACUAAGCUCUGGAAAUUUGCUUUUUUUUUAAGCAGCCCUUUCUUCUGUCUUUCCUCAUAGCUUACGAGCAUUGCAUUUUGCUGCUCGCCACGGUCAAUCACAAUGCUUGGAAACUCUCAUAAAAUGUGGCGCAGACGUGACAGCCGAAGAUUUCUAUGGCUGGCAGGCAAUACACGAAGCCGCGCUCAACGGCCACACCGAGUGCCUUGCAUUGUUAUUAGAGGGAGGUGCAAAGGUGGACUCUGUUGCGUAUAACAACAAUGGCCCUAACACGCCCCUUCAUUACGCGGCGAGACACGGCCAUAUAGAGUGUGUGAGACUGCUUUUAAUGCACGGUGCUGAUUGGAGGAGCGUCAAUAAUUUCGGCGAGACACCGCUGCACUGCACUGCUAUGCGUGGGCACGUGGAUUGCAUGCAGACACUUGUACAAGCAGGUACCAAUAUUUUUUAUCACUGGGAGAUUAGACCGUCUUCGCUACUUUUGCUCCAUCUUUAGUCCUUCCUGUUCUGUUUUGUUUUGUGCUAUUUUCGUUUCGCUUCAUUGUCUGUUGUUUAUUUAUGUUGGCCUCACCUAUGUUUAUUUAUGUUUUUUUUUCGAUGCUGUCGCGUCUUAUUUCAUAUAUAGCAAUUAAGAGCCAAAUAUUCAAGACAGAAAUCUAUUUUCGAGCACCAUUGUGAAGCCUCCGUUCAUUUUUUGGUACUUGUUUCUGUUGUUGUUCUCUUAUGUUUAGACUUUGUUUGGUUGCUUGUCUUUCACGGUAGUCUCUAUUGGAAUUUGAGAUAAGAGAAAAGACAUAUGAGUACACUACCUCUUACUCUGCCCUCAUGCAAAGACUGGGAAGCAAAACAGUUCGAAGCAAUAUCAAUAUCGGAGCAACUUCCCACCUAACCCUCUUCUAACGGCCCUACAUUAACCCCAACUUUUGUUGGUUUUGGGGAAUGAAAUUGAUCCAAAACGUCUUCUAAGGGCCAAAAUUGUGGAAGAAAACGGUCUGGAAGGGAUCGAGGAAGAUCUGAUGUCAUAAUCAUUAAUAACCUUACUCACCUAUAGCCGCUUGUCAAAUCAACGUUCUUAACCAACCCCAUUAUUGCAAUUCACGUCAUAAGACUACCAAUUCAAAUCAAUUUAACUGUUUUCUUUUAAUGUUGUUCCAUCCUCGAGGAGCUGAUAUUAACAGUGAAACCCGCGAUGGUCUUACGCCUGCAUAUUUCAGCGCUAUAUGUGGUCAUUCAGGGUACCUUAAAGAGGUAAUAGGACAAGGUACGGAUAUCAACAGGAAGUAUAAAGCACUCCAGGUAACCUUGUUACACAACGCCGCUGAGACUGGUCAAUUAAAGGUCCUCAAGGCUCUUCUGCGUAGGGGCGCUAAUACAGAAAUACACUCUGGACCACGAUCUUUAACCCCAAUGCACCUGGCAGCGCGCAUGGGCCAAGAAAAAGGAAUCAAAUUACUGAUAAAAUACGGCGCAAAUAUGGAAGCGUUAUCAGCUAAUGGAUACACAGCUCUCCAUCAUGCUUCACGCUGUGGGAAACUUGAAGUUGGAAAGGUACUGAUCGCGUGUGGCGCAAAUAUUAACGCCAUUUCAGGUGAGAUUCUUUCAUUUUUGUAUUCCGUGCCCACCCUUGACGUAGUGACGACCCCUAAAAACCGAUCAUUAUUUGUCGCCUUUCGGGGGCGAAGGAUUUUGGUUGAGUCACAAUAAAAAGUUCACCUGAUCACCCAGGGCUCUGUAGUAUUCUAAUUAUUCCCCUUCAUUGGCAAUUAAUCUUCCAUUAUGUAUCCAUUUCUUCUCCAUUAUUUUUUCUUUGGGAAAUUGGAAGUACGACACUUUCGACCCCUGCUUUUCGCGAUAGCCUUUUUUGGUGCAUUCCGGAACGCAGCAGUGUGUAGGCAUUCCUUCCUGAUCCUAAACGUGUAUUCUAAGCGGUAAUUGACCCCAAUUGAGUGUUAUUGUCUUCACUCAAAAGCAAAAACUUCACCUAAAACCACUUCAUGUGCGCUCUGUUAACGUCUGAGAGGCGUUUGUGGCCUCGCUUCCAUGCAAAAUCGUUACCAGCUCCGCCCGCCAUCGGCCAUCAUGAAAGUCGUGUAGAAUAGUUUUCCCUUUAUUCUCUGUUAGCGGCGAAUGAACCCCGUUUCCACUCCCCCUAAAAACCAUGUGAUACCCCUAAAAUCCUCCGACCCACCUUCAGGCGAUAGAAAAUGACUGAUCCACAAGAAGACCGAAGCAGCUGUAGGUGGCUUCCAACCAUAAAGUGUGCUUUAUGGUUGGAAGGUCUCACCUAUUUUUUGGGGAUGGAAGGGUACAGGGGAGGAGGAUGGAAGUCAAUACGUAUAGCUGUGACCUUGGAGCGCAUUCUGGAAGUCACCACUUUUUAGGUUAUCAUUUUAUAAUCACAGUCACGUCACAUAAGAAAAACCAAGUAGAUUUUUAAACGCAAUCAACUGCAAGCUAAAACCAAUCGCACCCUACUCAUAUAAGUUUUUCCAUGCCUAACGUGGUUUAUUCGUUUAUUUGAGGUUCGAAGUGCGACCUACUUCGAAAAAUGAUUAACAUUUUAGCGAGUUUAACCUCGCUUUACGAUUUCAACAUGUUACUCAACGGAAAAAUGAUGGGCAUUAAAAAAUCUAUAAAUCCCGGGUUAUUAUGUUUCGAUGAAGCACCAAAUUCUCCUGGUCAGUUUACAAGGAAAUGUAGAGUAGCUGGUUAGAAGGGAGAAUUUUGUAAAAAAUGUUGGUAGUUACAUGCUUCAUUAAAAACUAUUUCGUCUGCAGAGGAGGCUCACGAGACACCAUUGCACAUGUGCGUUCAGAAGCAUGACAGAGAGUUUACAAAGCUUCUUAUCAAAGCUAAUGCCGAUCUAAACAUCCGGGAUAGCAGUGGGAACCGACCAAUAGACAUGAAGCACCUUAACGACGAUGUCAUCAACGUCCUCAGGGCCGCCAUGUUUGAAAAGGAGAGAGUGAGCACAGCGACAGGGAGCUGA